UACAGUUGUCAGCUGGCCAUACGGCACGAAACUUCUUCCUCAUGUGAAACCAAGUCUCGUGAAAUAUUGAGCUUGUGCCUGUAUACCCUUUUUUUCUUUUGUUUAAUUAACAGAAAUGAACAGAAACUUGAAGCUUCUUCUUUAUGCCUCCGCCAUUUUUAUUCUAUACUUCUACUAUGGUAUUUUGCAAGAAAGAAUAACACGCACACAGUAUGGGGAAAACAAAGAGAAAUUCAUCUACUCACUUGCACUGGUGUUCUUUCAGUGCAUUGUUAAUGCAUUCUACGCCAAGAUGAUGUUGCAGUUUGUCUUGCAGCAGGGAGAAGAUACAACAAAGAGAAGCUACUAUGCUACGUCUGCCCUCACCUACCUCCUGGCAAUGGUGUCAUCAAAUAUGGCUCUCCAGUGGGUGCCCUACCCCACGCAGGUGGUGGGGAAAUCUUGCAAACCAAUCCCUGUAAUGAUCAUGGGUGUCAUCAUUGGGCGCAAAGUAUACAGCCUCAAGAAAUAUCUUUUCAUCGGCCUCAUAGUAAUGGGCGUGGUGCUGUUCAUAUACAAGGACCAGCAGGCGACCACUGCUGCUGCUGCUGAAGUUUCGGGUCCUGGUCUGGGAGAGCUGCUGCUGCUCCUGUCCCUCAUAAUGGACGGUCUGACGGGAGCUGUUCAGGAACGCAUGAUAUCAGAGCACAAGACCAAGUCUGGCUACAUGAUGCUCAACAUGAACGCCUGGUCUAUUGGCUAUGUUGCCUUUGCCUUGCUUGUGACUGGGGAAAUUUUUGCAUUUUGGGCGUUUGUUCAGCGCUUCCCGUUUGUGCUCUACAACAUGCUUGUGUUCAGCGUCUGCAGCGCUCUGGGACAGUUCUUCAUAUUCCUGAUGGUGAGCGACUUCGGGCCCUUGCCUUGCAGCAUCACGACCACGACACGCAAGUUCUUCACUGUACUCGGCAGCGUCCUGAUCUUCGGUAACGCGCUCACCAUACGCCAGUGGGUCGGCACUGCUGUCGUCUUUGCUGGGCUGACGCUGGAUGCAGUCUACGGCAAAGCCAGCCUCAAGACAGCCAAGCCUGUCGUCAAAUGAGCCUCUCCUCUACUGAAGUAAAAGCCUUCUACGUUGAAAUUAUUUAAACCUUCAGGCGGAAAAGAAGAAAUUGGCCCUAAUAAUGUUCUUGACAUGCAUAGACAAAAAUUUGAGACUCAAGAUGUCAAGAGACUCUCCUUUUUGACUAUUAAAACUUAAUUAUUCAUGAAGUGAUCAUAGCAUUUCGUUGUUUUUACAUGCAAUAUCGGCAAAUAAAUUAUUGAAAUUAACCCAAUUAUGAACGAACUUGCUGUCAGCUGUGGAGUUUAACAGGAAAUUUCUUGAGCCCGUUGCUAGUCUUGCUCUCAUUUUUAAUGUUUUUUGUUCCAUUGUAUUUUCAACACAUUUUCUAAGA